GCAGCCUCUCGGUCCCUCCCCUUCCCGGCUCUAUAGAUGCUGCCGGGAGGCGGUGGUACCCGGGCGUCCCCCCUUCCUUCGCUGCGGCGAUGCUGCUGCUGCUGCUGGGCGCGGGGGCCGCGCUGUUCUGCCUGCUGGACGCCUGGUUCCUGCUGCGCCUGCCGCUGGCCCUGCUGCACGCCCGGUGGCUGCAGCCCCGGCUGCGGGACGUGCUGCAGGAGCAGAGCUGGCCGGGCCUGGUGCUGCCCUCGGACCUGGACUGGCUGCUGCACAUGAACAACGCCCGCUACCUGCGCGAGGCCGACCUGGCGCGCUGCGCCUACCUGGCGCGCUGCGGCAUCUUGGACGCCCUGCGCGCCCUGGGGGGCAGCGUGGUGCUGGCCGCCUCCUGCGCCCGCCACCGCCGCUCGCUGCGCCUCUUCGAGCGCUUCGCCGUGCGCACCCGCCUGCUGGGCUGGGACGGCCGCGCCUUCUACCUGGAGCAGCGGUUCGUGAGCCCCCGCCACGGCUUCGUCUGCGCCCUGCUGCUCUGCCGCCUGCACGUGGUGGGCAGCAGCCCCGGGCGCCUGCUGCAGCACCUGUGCCAGAGACAGGUGAACUCCCCCGAACUUCCAGAGGAGGUGCAGCAUUGGAUCAGCUACAACGAAGCCAGCAGCCAGAAGCUAAGAGCUGAAAGCGGCCUGGGAAUCAAUACCAAGGAUGAGUAACCAGACGUUGUUUUCCCCUGCCUGUCUUUCUCCAUACUGUAAAAGCAGCAAAGAGUCCUGUGGCACCUUAUAGACUAACAGACGUUUUGGAGCAUGAGCUUUCGUGGGUGAAUCCCCACUUCGUCAGAUGCAUGUCAUGCAUCUGACGAAGUGGGGAUUCACCCACGAAAGCUCAUGCUCCAAAACAUCUGUUAGUCUAUAAGGUGCCACAGGACUCUUUGCUGCUUUUACAGAUCCAGACUAACACAGCUAGCCCUCUGAUACUUUCUCCAGACUGCAAUAGACCAGUGCUCCAAACAGACCCAAGUGCUGUAUUCUCAUCAGCUCUCCUGCUCAUGCCGCUGCGGAUAAGAGACUGAUCCAGAUUGCCAUCAGCUUGCUAGACAAAAAAGCCAAACAGCUGGCUAGGAAAGGACCCCCAGAAACCCCAUUAUGUUGGUUAAAGCCCUCUCUGAUCUCAGUGGUACACUGAGUUCUGUGGUGGCUGGGUAGCACCUAGAGCCCAGCAUAGUGGGGAGUGGCACCUUUUGGUCUUUAGAAGGGAGUUUGCUUUCACUAAAAAAUUUUAUUUCCAGAGACUGGUAAUAUCAGGAAAACAAAACUUUGGUGCAGCCCAACCUGCAGGGGAUCUGGGGCAUCAGCACAUCUAACAUCCUCCUCCCCGCCAGGAAUUUGAAACAUCCACGCCCACUGGCUGAUGUACUGAUGUCUCCGCUGUACCCACAAUCCUUUGCAGUAGCCCUGCCUCCACACGCCUUCAGUCAUUAACACUAGCACUGUUUAAAAAAUCCUGACCCCAGCCGCAUAUUCAUUAAUAACAACCCUAUCCUGGGAUUUGUCUGGAGGGAAAUACAUCAGUGCCAUGGCAGGAAGGCUAACUUGGUGUUUGCUAGUAAAUAAGGCUUCACCACAUACAUAUGUUGUCUCCGUCUUUAGACAGAAUGAAUGUGAUCACCAGGGUUAUUCCAAGCAUAUUUGGGAGAAGUAGGUUAGGACCAGGAGCCUCCUGCGUUCCCAUCAUGGCUGUACCACUGAAUUACUGUGUGACCAAUCUCUCUGUGUCCUGGAUUACUCAGCUGUGAAAGGGAGAUGCUACCUCCCUACCUUCCAGGGGUAGGGUGAGAACUACCGUAGUUCACUGAUGUGCUUUGAAGAGGAAAAGCACAGCGCAUGUGCUAAAGUAUCCCCUGGCCCUGCUUUUCUUAUCUCUGUAGCUGCAAAUGGGUUGUGCAGUGUCUUGAAAUCGUGACUAACACAAAGUCCUAGGAGUGCUGGUUCAAGGUGCUAGCUAAGAGCUUUCCUGAUGCCUUCUAAAAUUUCCUAGUGUAGACAAAGCAGUGUAUAUGGCACAUGGUAAUGGCUACACUAGACGAUUAGAACGUGUCAUGUCUUAGCUAACAACAAACCUUGAAAUCCUAGUCGAGAUGAAGCCUUUGAGUAUUUGCACUUGGGAAAACCGGGACUGUAACACUCCACAGGUAGGGUACUUGUAAACAGGAUUCAGAGCAGGGUUAGAGGACGCAGCGGUAAAUACAUUGGAGCCCAUUCAGUGCUACAAUCUCCCUUUAUUGGUACACACCAUUGGAGGGGCAGUAAAAACACAAAUGGUCCCAGCAUAGACAUGACCCAGGUGUUGCAACCUGCUUUAGAGCAGGGCUCAGGGAAUUCAGGUCCCCUUUGCCCAUGUAACCAAACAGGGCAAUUUUGUUUGUGAUUGUUGGAUAUUUGAUUGUAUUUAUAUUUGGAACAGUUCUCGUUAUGUACUUUAUAAAUGGAAGAUUGCUGUAUAUUACAUGAACAUUUUCCUCUAAUGAGCACUUUACACCAGGAUUGUAUUGAGGGAACAUUUUGAAGUGUGGCUAACCUGUGAAUUUGUGCAUGUGUUCUGUAAUCUAAAUACCAGCGCCUCCUGCAGUGGUCUGAACCCAGACAGUGAGAUAGCUGUGAAUUGCCUCUGAAUGUAUAUUUAUUGCCUCUUCUAAUGGUUUUCUUGACUUGCAACUACUACUUACUGGAACUGCUUAGCCACAGUAUCUUAACAUUUACUUGAAGACAUCAAAGAAUUCUAAAUGAGAUGAAAUCCUGAGAGAAACUUUGUUUUUUAAAGGAAUAAAUGGAUCUAUUUGCACCGCAAUCUAGCAAAGCUGUCAGGCAUAUGCUUAACUUUAAGGAAGUGGAGGCUGCUCCUGGCUAGAACAAGGCUUUGGGGUAUAAACAUUAACCAGACACUGUCAGAUGGUGGGGAGAGAAUCAUAUUAAGUGUAGGACUGGAAGGGAUCUCAAUAGGUCAUCUCAUCCAGUCCUCUGCACACAAACCAGGACUAAGUAAUAACCAGCCCCUCACUGACAGGUGUUUGUCUGAGCUGCUCUUAAAAACCUGCAGUGAUGGAGAUCUCAUCCCCUCCCUAGAGUUGGAGGAACUCCACCAGGCAGUGAAAAAAACAAUCCAGUAAAGACAACUGGUGGCCACUGCAGACAGAAUCUCACUUAGCCUUUCCUGCAGUUGCACCUGACGGUGCCACAUUUUAAAUACAAAGAACCAAAACCCGAAGCCUGUCCCCUGCCAGCAGGGAAGUAAGAGAGGGGAGUUGCUGCUGUUGUGACUCUGUGGAGGUGUCACUGUGGUGGCAGAUGCCAAGCUUGGGACGUACACAGGUAGGCGAGAACUUACCUUUGAGUUGGAUCCUGCAAGUUGUUGGGAACUCUGGGCCCGAUUCUGCAAAGCUUUAAGCACAUGCUUAGCUCGAGGCAUGUGAGUGUCCCCAUUGAAUUGUCUGAGAGGGACAAAGCACAGAAGGCUAGCCCCCGACCACAGAUGGGGACCAACUUGAGAAUGUAUCUCUGCCUUUCCCGACUGCCGUGAGCCUGUCCCUGAAACCAAGCACUGCACGAGCCUGUUAGCAGCACAGCUAACAACUUCAUAGAUCACUGACAGCUCUGCCAACCUGAAGUAUUCAGGAGCAUGAGUCAGGCCCCAAGGAGUGAGGAUGUUCUUGGUUCACAUUUUUGGGCUUUCCUUUACAAUCAAGAAUGAGAAACUUUUUUUCUUUUUUUAAUGAAAUCUGAGAUUCGCGUGUACUGAGCUGACCCAGAGAGCUGGGCCUUUGAGCUUGAGACUCGAUAUUGCAAGGCUUGCGAUAAAGUAUCAAGACUUGACAAUGUUGCAUGUUUAACCAACUGUCCUUUUAAUCCACCCAGCCUCACUCUGUGAUCCGUUGUCACAUGCAGAGGGAAUUACCACCCAUCCCUUAUUACUAAUCACUAUCUGAAAGUCCCUUGUGUCGCACAGGUGUCAUUCAGAAAGUCAUACAAUACAUAUGGGAACAGAUUGCGAAUACCAGUGAUGACUGAACCUGAUGAUCCUGGGAACAAAAAUUGCUCUCCAUUAUGUGUGGCAAAGCAUCU